AAAUCUAUUUGCCAAUUAAAAGUUUAAUUUAAAUGUAAGUGCUUCAGAAAAUGAAUUCACAAUUAAUUUAAAAUAUACCUGUCAAAACUUUUGACAUCGUAUAGCCAAGAUAUGAGCGUCAAAAAGCGUCUUAUGGGCGUUUAGACAAAAAUUAAAGAAAAUAACGCAUUUGUUAUAUUAAAUAAUGCACAUAAAUAUGCUUUAGACUGCACCUGAUUGACUGAUAGUGAUUUAGCGGCCCAAAAUGGCGUUACCGGUUAACUAUAAACAACCUUCGAUGCAAAUGUCGAGUCCCCAAACCACUAACCAUUUGCUGUCAGCAGGCGCUCCCAUGACUUUCAACAUAUUGAAAGAAAGGUUAAGAGCUUCUGGAGGAUCAGGCUCUAGUUCAAAUAUCUACUUGCAGAAAGAGACCAAUCCAUUUACCAGUAGCCCAAGUGGUAAUCCUGGUUUCAUUCCACAGAAAAUUGGCAAAAGCACAGCGAAAAAUGAGGCGAGAACGCCGAAACCGCCGAAAGCGCCGGAGAAACCGCUGAUGCCGUACAUGCGAUACAGUAGGAAAGUUUGGGACACGGUUAAAAAUCAGAAUUCCGAUUUGAAGCUAUGGGAAAUUGGCAAGAUUAUCGGGCAAAUGUGGCGAGAUUUACCUGAAGACGAAAAAACGGAGUUCGUUGAGGAAUAUGAAUCAGAAAAGAUCGAAUAUGAAAAAUCUCUGAAGACAUACCACAAUUCGCCGGCGUAUCUUGCGUUUGUGGCUGCGAAAAAUCGCGGUAAAGGUGCUGUCCAAGGUGUCGAUAAUGAACCCCAUGAGAGGAACACCGGUUCGUCGAAACAACAGGCGGCCGCCGACAGGAGAAUUGAAAUCCAACCGGCUGAGGACGAAGAUGAUCCAGAUGAUGGUUAUUCGGUAAAGCACGUGGCAUACGCCCGCUACUUGAGGAACCACCGACUCAUCAACGAGAUCUUCUCGGAGAGCGUAGUGCCGGACGUUAGAUCCGUAGUGACCACCACUAGGAUGCAAGUCUUGAAACGACAGGUCCAAUCGUUGACCAUGCAUCAGAAAAAACUGGAGGCUGAAUUGCAACAGAUAGAGGAAAAAUUCGAGGCGAAGAAACGCAAGUUCAUUGAGAGCAGCGAGCUGUUCCAAGAGGAACUGAAGAAGCAUUGUAAGCCGGCCGUCGACGACGAGACGUUCCAGAAGAUGGUCGAGAAGCAGUACGAAAAUUUGACGAAGGAGAGGAACAAGACGAACGAGGAACACAAACCGAAGGAGAACGGCACCGCGGAACCGCAGAACGGCCCGGUUCAAGGCAACGGGCCCACCAACUCUGAGCCUAUGGAACAGGAUGGCGUAGACAAAACGGAAUCGGCUCAACCAAAACCGCCACAGGCCAACGGCACGGCGGAUGUGAAGCCACCAGAGACUGUUGCUCCCAAACCUGAGCAGCCCUACAAUCAGCCACCUUACAUGAAUCAACAACCGCCCUACAACCAUCCACCGCCGCAAGAACAGGGACCUCCUCCACCUGAACAUUCACAAGGACCACCGCCGAAUCAAAUGUUGCCACCCCACGCUCCUCCCAGUGCUCAACAGCCUCCGGUAGUAGGACCUCCGGUUGUAUCAAUGCCACACGGCGCUCAAUCGCCCCAACCACCGCCGAUGAGUGGCCCCCCAGGACCUCCUCCGCAACAAGGACCACCACCGCCUGGUCCAACACACAUGGCCGGUCCGCCACCACACGGCAUCCCCCCAAUGGGUGCCCACCAUCAGGGGCCGCCACCGCAGAACAUGAUGCCGCCGGGUCAGAUGCCUCAGUAUCCCCAACAGUAUCCACCUCAAGGUAAUGCACAGUCCGUGCCGCUGCCUCCGCGUCCUCCGCACCCUGGCUACGGCGGAUACCCGCCACAACAGCCGCCGCCGCAGCAAGGCCCACCACCGCCACAAGGCUAUCAUCAGGGCUACCCGCCUCCCGGCCAGUACCCACCGCCACCUCACAACUAUUAUCCACAGCAACAGCCUCCUCCACCUCAAGGCUAUCCCCAGUAUCCUCCCCAGCAAGGGCCGCCACCUCAUAUGAACAGACAUCCGUAUCCGGCUGGCGGGCCGCCGGUCAUGCCGCCAGACGGCGGUCCACCGAUGCCGGAAGGACCGGGGGUUAUGUACGGAGGUCCUCCUCCGGCGGAGGCGGAGAGGAUAGAUGACAUUCAGGCCGCAGGCGAAGAUGGAAAAGAUGCAUCAGACUCAAACAAGAUGGAAACCGACGAAAAGUAAUUUUGUAGGUUUUAUACUUACAAUAUGUUAUGUUUCCGUGGUAUUGGUAAUUUUUAUAAAAAUGAUUUUAUUUAAAUAAGUAAUAAAUAAUAAUUUUAAGGUUA